AUCAGAUUAUGUUUUCCAGUGCUAUAAAUCCAUCUACUUUUUUCCAGGACAUGAUAGAAAGUAGAAAUACGUCGAGAAUGUCAGGAAUAAUCGGGCAUUCGGGACAUCACUCGUCAACGCAGGACUACAGGCUACUGACCACAGACCCGUCCCGGCUGAGUGAGGACGAUCUCCCCGGAGACCUGCAGUCCCUGUCCUGGCUCACCUCUGUGGACGUGCCCCGGUUGCAGCAGAUGGCCACGGGACGCCUGGAUCUGAGCUCGGGCCCGCAGAGCGUCCUGCUGGGACAGCACACAGCUCACUUGACUGCAUCUGGGGGCCAGACCACAAUCCACCUGCAGAGUAACAUUCAGAACAGCCUACUGGGAGUCAGCAGUCUUGGCACCCACAACAUAAAUAUGACACAUUACUCACUGAACGGAGAGUCCUGCCCGAGGUUCCAGUCUCCUGCCACAGUCUACCAGGCUUCAUCACAGCAAGUAUUCACGCUGGCACAGACUGGUCAGCAGUAUUCCUCUGCUGGUAUCUAUGGCAGCAGCUCGUUCACCGGCCAGAGCCAGUUCAACCAGACCCACCUGACAUCUCAUGGCAAUCAAGAAAUGCAACCCCAGUCCUUUCCAAAGCCCAUCUACUCCUACAGUUGUCUGAUUGCUAUGGCUCUGAAGAAUAGCAAGACGGGCAGCCUCCCGGUCAGCGAGAUCUACAGCUUCAUGAAGGAGCACUUCCCCUACUUCAAGACUGCACCAGAUGGCUGGAAGAACUCAGUGCGCCACAACCUGUCACUGAACAAGUGUUUUGAGAAGGUGGAGAACAAGCUGAGUGGCUCAUCGCGGAAGGGCUGCCUGUGGGCCCUUAACCCGGCCAAGAUUGACAAGAUGGAGGAGGAGAUGCAGAAGUGGAAGCGCAAGGACCUGCCAGCCAUACGCCGUAGCAUGGCCAACCCAGAUGAGUUGGACAAGCUGAUAACAGAUCGGCCAGAGAGCUGCCGGCGGAAGCUGUGUGAUGGGGGAGUGACCAGGAUGUCCAGCUGCCUGGCCGGCCUGGCACUGCCAAUCCAGGUGCAGCCUCAGCCGGUGAUGACCCUGUCCCUGCAGUGUCUCCCACUGCACCACCAGGCGUCAGCUCAGGCCCGACCGGCUCCCAGCUCACCCGCACUCGCCCAGACGCCCCCACACCACACGCCCGACAUGUCACACAGUCCCAUUGCCCAGUACCAUGGGAAACUGGCUCACGAUUACCACAACCUUCAUGUAGAUGUGAGCACCGAGGUGGACGGCCUGGAUCCCAGUAUCAUGGAUUUUGCUUUACAAGGGAACUUAUGGGAGGACAUGAAGGACGAAAGCUUCAACUUGGAGACACUGGACGCUUUUAGUGACUCCCCCUUACGGCUGUCUGACUGUGAGCUUGCUGUGCCCAGCCUCACACCUCUGUCCAGCGAAGGCAGCCCGUCCUUCUCGGAGCUGCAGGUGACAGGCCUGUAUGCCACCUACCCCGCCAUGGACAGUGUGUCAGCACAGUACAUGGGAGUACAGGGUAGCAGCAAGCCCAUCGCUCUGCACUAGCUUAGGCAAGCUUUACAGGCAGCAUAUCUACCCGAACAUAGUAGGGGGCGAGAAACUAAAUCACUACAGUGAAAAAAACUUAUCUUGAAUCCAACUCCCGGCGCCAACAAAUUUUGACUGACUUCAAGAGCUGCUGUUUUUCCUCACAUUCUUUAGUCCUCUACUCUACAGUGCACAGCUACUCAGUUUGUGGCAUUAGAGAGACACUGAAAUGAGCCGUCGACCAUAAACGAGACUCAUCCAGAGAGACCCAUUUCUUUUUAAAACCACAUUACAUUGUAAAUAUGAAUUCUUAGCAGUAAAAAGGCUGCACCAGUUUAGCUAACUAACAUCAAAGACUGUAGAAGCGGGAAAAAAAACACAUUCCUGUGGAUUUCUUUUACCUCAAUGAAAUGUUAGCAUUAAUGACGGUACUUUUAUGUGUUUUUACCUGUGCUAGACAGUAUUACUGUGUCGUUUGUGUUUAUUUAUGACUUGUAAAUGUGAGAGACGCCAAUGAAGCACUGUGUACAUUUGUAAUAGCCGUGAUGGCUCUCCCUGCAACAAAAAAAUGACAUUAAUUUAUAAUAUCAAGAAUGCAAGAGUUUGAGUGUUUACACCACAUGCACCCACCCAAAGCGAUGACUUGUGCAGAUAUUCUGUUAAAUGGCUUUUUUGUUUUUGUUUAAUUAACGGCCAGUUUAAUCUGCGCCGUGACCCAAAGCCUCUGCCAAGGUGUCUGCUUACAAAGCUCACAUCGUAAACACCAACAAAGGGGCCGCUGUGACAUUUCAGCAGCACAAAAAAACAUAAAAUGUACUUAAUUUCAUACAUAAGAA